UCACUGUCACACGGAUCAAAUGCACAGCAUCAUUGCAUCACACAAAUGGAAAACUUAUUUGUGUCGCUUUGAAUAAUCCGCCACCUCCAAAUAUUCAUUACUCACUCACUUCUUUUCUAUUUCUCUCUUUCUCUCUUUCAUUAUUUUUCCAACACCACCAACUCAAUCAUACCAAGAAAACCAGGUUCAGUUGAAACAAGAAAGAAAGCUAGCUAGGGCAUGGCGCCAAGAGGUAGACCACGCAAAAAGAUGGUUGGAAGCUCAAGAAUGGAUGCUGCCCUUGAUGCAAUGAAGCAGUUUGGAUUCGAGGAAAAACUUGUUCAAGAAACUGUUAACGAGCUUCUUGAUGUUUAUCAAGGAGCAUGGCCUUUUAUUGAGGAUGGCUCUUACAAUCUCCUAAUAGAAACCAUACUUGCCAAACAAGAAGACAAGAACAAGGAGGAAAAUUUGCAGGAGAAUACAAGAAGGGAUGGAGUUGCUCUGACAUCUUCAGCUGAUGCUACUUUUGCAACUGGGAUCACUGAAGUUGGAUCCUCUAGCCUGGUGGUGAAUCAUGACCCUUCAUUAUUGCAUGCUAGUGCUGAUGGUUUGGACUCUGCAUCUCGAACCAAUGAUCAUGAUCAAGAUACAAUUCCACCUUCUAAUCAAUCAACAGAUGUUAAGGAUUCAACUGUUCCAGCUGAAAGAAAAGAACAAAAGGAGCCAAACCCUUCAGACAAUGUAAAUACCACUAUACAAACACAUAUGAACAAUGUUGGGACCAGUUUUGUGAAGACUAACAUGACUACAUCCUUGGAAGCACCUGAGAAGGUUCAGCAACGCAGGCGUAAGCCUUGCUAUGGUUGGAUUAGUGAUGAUGAUAGUGAUGAUGGCAAAGUGGAACUCAUUCACUUGCCUCUUCCUCCAUUACCUGAACACAUAGAGAAGUUACUUGGGCAGAGUAGUAGUGUUAGUGUAGCAUCCCAAACGAAAAGUAGAAUCAGAAGAGGAAUGCGCAAGAGUAGAUGGGAUGAAAAGCCAGAUGUGUGAACAAUUGUACAAGCCAAAUGGUGAUAGUGAUGAUAGGGACUAACACACUUAUGAAUUAAAUGAAUACUCUUUAGUCUUUACCUUAGUA